UGGCGGUAAAACAGGAGAAAGAAGGUCUUGAGGAAUUUUUGAACAAAGUGGACGAAAUAGAGUCCUUAAUUAAAGGGAUGACAUCUGAAGAUGCCUCGUCAUCAGAAGCAGCAAUGAAGGAGGCCGACAAGUAUAUGAAAGACCAUGGAAUUAAAGAUGAUGAUACCAUCCUAGAUACAACACGUAUUAACAAACAAGACAAGCAACAGUCAACAUAUGCAAGUGAAAAAGAGAAAGAAGUAGUCAAUUGUAGUCCAGAGGAUUUUAUGAAGGCUGUUGAAGAAGAUGCAAAGAAAAGAGCAACUGAAAACAAAAGAAGAAAAAUGAAAUGUGAAGAGCUGAAAGAAAUGGGAAAUAAAAGCUUCAAAAACCAAGAAUAUGAAGAAGCAAUUAAGUUCUACACAGAUGCAAUAAAUGAGAUGAAAACAAACACUGCAGUCUACACCAACAGAGCACAGGCAAACAACAAAAUAUCAAGAUAUGAGGCAGCAGUUGAAGACUGUCAAACAGCUAUUAAAAUUGAUAAAAAUUGUGUUAAAGCAUAUGUUCACAUGGGAAAAGGAUAUUUGUACAUGAAAGAGUUUGAUAAGGCUACAGACACAUUUCAAAAUGCAAUAAAACAAUUCCCAAAGAAAGAAACAUUAUUAAAAGGCUAUCUACAAGAGGUUGAUAUGGAAAGAACUAAACUGUUAGAAGAAUCCAAGGCUAUCAAAUUGAUACAAGAUAAUAAUGAAGAGGAUCAUAUUAUUAAAUCAUCAAUAGAGAUUUUACUUUGCCCAGGACAGACUGUCAAUCAUUAUUCUGAAGCUGCCUUGAAAUUACUAAAUCUAAUACAUAAUUCCACUGCAAACAAAACUUCAUUCCGAAUUCACAAAGGAUUUGAUAUUUACGACAAGGAUGAUACAUCAAUUAGCAGAUUUUGGUAUGGAACCGAUCCUUGUGAAGACAAGGAAGACAUUGCAAUGUUCUGUCUAGUAAUAGACAUACUGAAUGAGGCAAUGACAGAUAAUGAAUACAAUGUACAGGCAUUUGUAUCUGUAGACCACAGCAGAUCAUUUAUGUCUCUUCUUCAAGAACCUACAUCACCAGUUAUUAUAACAUCCAUGAUUCAUCUAGUUUAUCUUCUCUCACAAACAACUAAUGGAAGAAAAGGACUCAUGAGCUUUGAAAGCAUGACAAGAAUCUUAGAACUAUUGUUCAUACAUAUAAAUCAAGGAUCAACUAAUUCAGUAGUCGCCAUGUCAACCAUAUCCAACUUGGCUUUUGAACCCAAGUUUUGUGAGAAAUUUAGAGACUAUCUUGGAAAAGAAUUUCUGAAAAUCAGCAAAAUGUUUUUGGGAAGGCUGUGUAAAGUAUGCACUAAGGGGCUGAAUGACAUCUCAAUCACAUGGUCUCUUACAUCAUCUGGACUGUCGGCAAUGGCUAACAUGGCAAGGGACACAAUAACAAGAGAACUUAUUGCCAAAGAUAAAGAUUGGCUGGCUGCUUGCCAUAGGUUUAUGUGUCGCUUUGGACAAGCAAACGUUGUUAUGAAUGAUUCAGAUGCAAACAAGGUGGUUUUUGCUCUACUGGGUCUGUUAACCAAUCUUUGUUCUCAAGCUGAUCUACUAGAAGAGGUGAAGUGUCAUUCCUUGCUUCCAUCAUUGAAAGAUCUUUUGGAUUCUAAAGAUGAAGACAUCAAAGAGCGUUGCAUUUCUGUUUUACGCUUUUUGUUGGCAUAUUCCAAAGAAUCCCUAAACAUUGCAUUGAAAGAAAAAAUAUAUGUGCAGUUCAUUGAUAUGUUGAAGUCUUCCAGACCUGUGUCAGUAAAAUAUGCUCUUAAAUGCUUAGCUUUAUGCACAAGUAAGGAUGCCAACGCUAGACAAGCAGUACUUGAAAAUCAAGGUCUGAGCUCAUUGGUUGGUUUGAUUUCAUCAAAUAAUGAGAUCAUCAUUGGCAAUGCUGCUCUGUGUCUUGGGGAUUGUGCACAAAUAGAUGAAGUGUGCCAGCAGUUAGUGGAUACUAAUAUUGUACAAGACUUAUUGAGACAUGCAACAAAUGACAGAUUGAAUCAAGACGUUAAAAGAAAUGCUGUCCUGUGUCUGGCAAAACUUGCAACUGGAGACUUAAGGCACCGUGAGAAACUAAAAGACCUCCAUGGAUUAGAAAUACUUCAUUCUGUAUUUACCAAACUAAGCUGAAUCUAUCAAAAAAAGAAUAUAAUACCGAGAAGUGCUGAAGAUGGUUUUCCCAGGUGCAGGCUCCUGGGAUCAGCUCCACAAGAACCAUCCAUCCUGAGUCCGUUGGGCACCCAGAAUAUUCGCUGUUUAUGAAAAAGGAUCGCCUC